AUGAAUUUGGGUGCCUACAGAGGAACUCUUUCCGCCCUUCUUGCCAUUAUUCUUCUGGCCUGUCUGGUCGGUCAGUCCUCGGCGUCCUUAGGUGACCAUCUCCCUGAUUUUAGAGAAUGUGUCAAGGUUUGUCAAACUGAGAACUGCAAUUCUGGCAAUUCGGUGUUACCUCUGCACCACCGCCUGUUAUUAUGGACCUGCCCGGCUGAAUGCGACUAUACCUGUCAACAUGUCAUUACCGACCGUCGAGUCUCGCGUGACCCCCCAAUGCUGAACCCGAUCGUUCAAUUCCACGGCAAAUGGCCUUUCCGUCGUCUUCUGGGGAUGCAGGAGCCCUUCUCUGUGCUUUUCUCCUUUUUCAACUUCGCUGCCCACUGGCAUGGCAUGACCCGGGUCCAGGAGAACAUCCCUGCAUGGCACUCACUCCGGCCAUACUACAUGGCUUUCGGAUACUUUGGGCUCGCUAGUUGGACAUUCAGCAUGCUUUUCCACACCAGGGAUUUCCCUAUCACGGAAAAGCUAGACUACUGGGGUGCUGGUGCAAGUGUCUUAUACGGUCUCUAUCUGGCCGUGAUCCGGAUCCUGCGUCUAGACCUUGAACACCCGCAGCACCGCCCCACCCUGCGUCGGCUGUGGACAGUCAUCUGUCUGCUGCUGUACACCAUGCAUGUCUGUUAUCUCACCUUCUGGUCUUGGGAUUACACGUACAACAUGGCGGCCAACGUCGUGGUUGGUAUCAUUCAAAACCUGCUGUGGACCGGGUUCAGUAUUUUCCGAUACAAGAAGUAUCUCAAGUCCUGGACUGCCUGGCCAGGUAUGAUUGUGGCGUGGAUCAUCCUGGCUAUGAGCUUGGAGUUGCUCGACUUCCCCCCGUGGCAUGGAUUGAUCGAUGCGCAUAGCCUUUGGCAUCUGGGUACUGUGGUCCCCACAGCCUGGUGGUAUUCUUUCCUUAUCAAGGAUACGCAGGAUGACAUUGCAGGCCACAGACUCAAGGCGUAA